AUGAUUUCAAGACCAGGGGAGGAUGAUUGGGACUUCGGGCCUGUCUUCGAUCUCAUCCAUUCCCUGUCCAUCAGUGGCGGAGAAAAUGCACAUCAGAAGACAAUCUCCAGUGACACAGACUCCAACUCACCAGAACAAGCAACGUAUACUGCUGCAGCCAAGGUGCACGACCAAGAAACACAGCUUGGAGAUUUUGACAAGAUCUGGCAAUAUCUUGGCCAACCUCUAGAUCUGCCGGCGCCCCCAGUCACGACUGGACCUUCGCCCAGCUUGAUUGACAUCUGUAGCGGAAAGGCUGCCAGCGAACAGCGUAUACUCAAAGUAGUGAGAUGGCAGGAUGAUGUCGAGUGCGCGAACCUCGCAGACAAUGAUGAGAACAACGGCAUUCCAGACUUGUCGAAAUUGACUAAGCAGCAGAGAAAGAAGGCGCGGAAAAAGCAGAGGCAUGAGGGAGAAGCCUUGGCUACACAGCUCACAAAUAGUAAAGCCCUCCCAAGCGGCAGUGAAGAUGAGUCAGGGAAAGAUGCAUAUGAGCAGAAAAUCCCAGACAGGAGCCGUGUCAUCUACCAAUUUCUCCACGGGACUCCUCCGUCUAACGGCACUGGCCGAUUGCGAUCUGGAAAGCUUUUCAGGAGUCGGGAUUCUGAUGAUGCCGGAGCCUUACCUGCCGCCUCGCCAUUGCCCCAACAAGCCAUACAAGUCUUGAAGCCCGUCAGAGAAACCACGCUUGAAGUUGCAGCAACGAAGAAGAAGAAAUUGAUGUCAAUGCUUAGCGAGAAAUUUAUGGACGACAGACAGUAUCUCAGCAAUCUGUCUUUCGCAAGGAACGUUGCUAGCAGCACAGAUGCCGCUGCAGAAGGCAUCCAUGUCUUUGUUGACGCAUCGAACAUAAUGAUAGGUUUCCACGACGCCCUCAAAAUGGCUCGUGGCCAAAAUAUUGCCCAUCGCAUCCGCCGCCAACCCCUCUCCUUCCACAAUCUCUCCUUAAUUCUCGAACGCGGCCGCCCCACCGCCAAACUCAUCGUCGUCGGCUCCGACAAAUUCCCCGCUAUGGUGGAAGCGAAGCAAAUCGGCUAUGAAACAAACAUAUUGGACAGAGUACAUAAAGCGAAGGAAUUGACUCCUCGCCAGAAGAGAUAUUCGAAUUCAAAUGGGAAUAGUGGCCCCGGAGGUGGGCAAUCAGGCACAGGCAGUGGCUCAGAAACGACCGCUGCCGUGCAGUAUGCACCAGAAAAGUGGGUGGAGCAGGCAGUCGAUGAGAUUCUGCAUCUGAAAAUGAUGGAGAGUGUUGUUGACGCCGAAGAACCCUCGACGAUGGUGCUUGCAACCGGAGAUGCAGCUGAGGCUGAGUACUCUGGAGGCUUUUUGAAGAUGGUGGAAAGGGCGCUGGGGAAAGGGUGGAAGAUCGAGCUGGCGAGCUUCAAGCACAACACUAGUGGGGCUUAUAAGAGGAGGGACUUUAGGCAGAAGUGGGGGGAGAGGUUCAAGAUCGUGGAGUUGGAUGAUUUUGUAGAGGUGUUGUUGGGGAAUGAAUGA